AUGGACGAAAUCAUACCUGGACUGUGGAUAGGGGACCUACCCAGCGCCCUCGAUGUCGACAAUCUCAAGGAGCACGGCAUAUUCAGUAUCCUUUCGGCGAUGCGUGGCAGGGUCACCAUCCAUGAAACAUUCAUUCGCCAUCAAAUCCUGCUCGACGAUACAGAGGAUGCCGACAUAUUAACCCACUUCCUCCCCUCGAUCUCCUUCAUUCAAAAUGAACUCGACAAGGGGCGAGGUGUGUUGGUGCACUGCCAGGCCGGCAUGAGUAGAAGCGUCGCCAUCGUCGCAGCGUAUCUCAUGUACACCAAAAACACCGACGUGCAGGGUGCCCUAGAGCUGAUCAUUAAAUCUCACCCUAACAUCUCCCCGAACGAAGGCUUCCUGGCCCAGCUCGAGAUCUUCCACAAAGCCAAGUUUCAGAUCUCACGGCGGGACAAGACGACCCGCAUGUUCUACUUAGAACGCACAGUAGAAGAGGUGAUGAAUGGCGACGGGACGAUGCCAGACACAGACAUGUUCGCCAAAUUCCCCCGUACACCAUCGGAUUCCACUCCCGCCACGCCCGGCGGUCCUCGCAGACGUAUCCGAUGCAAAAUGUGUCGGCAGGAGCUCGCUACACGGGAACACAUGCUAGAUCAUGGUCAACUUGGGCCGUCUACACCAGCAGUAUCUCGACGCCCAUCAACCAAUGACCCGGGCCCACUCCGUAGACCCUCCACGUCACAGCCCCGAUCUCGGCUGGGGUCUUCGACUGAUACGCGUCCACGGAGGCCUUCACUCCUCUCGUUUGGGGACUCGCUCUCAAUUCCAGAGGCGGAAGACGGCGAAGCUACCGCUAAGCCUGCACCCUCACCCGAUACGCCACACGCCAGCAAAGUGCGACGCUCUUCCAGCGGUGGCGGUGGUGCAGGUGAGGCUCGUCGACCUGCCAUGCGACCCUUCGCUGCAGGUCUUUCACGAAGCCUUCUUGAUUCGCUUUCUAUGUCUGCACUGGAAACGGAAGAUGAUAGCGAAGGCGAACCUCCAGAAGCUGCUUCAAAAGCUUCAGAACUAUCUUUGGGCGUCGCUAGUUUACUCGGACGACGGAUGUCUGAUGCAGUGCUGGCGACAUUGUCAGAACCCAAUGGCCCACCAGGCAGCGAGCCCCAGGAUUCCAUCAUAGAUACCCACUUCUCAAGUUCUUCCGAUAUGGCGACUCAGCUCAAUGGCAACCCCGCCUUGGCUGGUCUGAGAGGAUCUUUGGGUAUGGCUAUGACGCCUCUCAGCGGGAAAACACCUGCCACACCGAUCAGCCCUCCGAUAUUGAUGAACCCGAAAUGUGCCGGCUACUUUGUUGAACCGAUGAAGUGGAUGGAACCACAGUUAGAGAGCGGACAGCUGGCGGGGAAGAUCAUGUGUCCGAAUAAAAAAUGUAAUGCGAAGCUGGGGAACUACGAUUGGGCAGGAGUGCGUUGUGGGUGUAAUGAGUGGGUGACGCCGGGGUUUUGUAUCCAUCGUUCGAAGGUUGACGAAAUCGUUGGAUGA